AUGCCGCCGUCGUUUCAACAGCAGCACUCCGGCCCUUCUACGGUGCCAACCGGCACCGCUCUGAACCGAGGUCGUCCGAUGAACCGGCAAAGGGACAGGAGGGAGAAUCAGGAGAACGAAGGAGCGGCGCAGAUGGCGAAUAAUCUGAAACGGCGCCGGGAGGUUAGGGUUCGGCUAAGAGGCCUUCAAGCGCAAGUUGCAGAGUGCUCGAACCGCAAUGAGCUGAGCAUCGGGUCGAGCAAGUUCGAGGAGAUUCUGGAGACAGCCAACAAGCUGACGACGAACCCUGGCGUGGCCUCGGACCUGAAGCUGCGCGAGAAGCUUAUGGACGCCGAUGUGCUGGACGGCCUCUCUCAGGUGCUCGCACACUCCACGGAGGCGCUGCUGCGCCGCCACGCUGCCACGCCUGAGCAGUUCGUUGCGGCGCUUAGAGCCAAGCUGGGCCCCAUGGAGGCGGAGGCGCCCAAGCGCAGGGCGCAGGCAGUCAGGCGCAAGAGGGACGUGGUGGGGGCAAGUGUUGUUCCCGUGCAGCUGAACAAGCAGCAAGGGAAGGAAGGGGAUGGAGCAGAGGGUGGCAGUGGCAGCAAGGAGACGGCAACGGAGGGGACAGUGAAGGAGAUGUAUCGUCGGCUCAAGAGGGCGCCGCGGCACCGCGUGCAGCUGCCGCAGCUGCUGCUGUCGCGCACGUCCUUUGCUCACACGGUGGAGAACAUGUUUGCGCUCUCCUUCCUUGUGAAAGAAGGCCGCGUGGGACUCACGCCUGAUCCGACCUUUGGGGCUGCUGUUGACCUUCGCCCACCCACGGAGCCUGCAUCAGGCAGCGCGCAGCCGAAGGGGCAGUUUAUCAUGCGCCUUGACAUCAACGACUGGAAGGUGAGGGGCACGGGUGGGGUGGGGGAGAUGGGGUGGGGUGAGGAGGAAGGGGUGGGGUAA